CCGCACCCGAAUCGAAAUUCAAGGUUACUGCUUCCAUUAGCAAACUUCCGCGUCGGUUCACGGUGGGGAUGAUGACGGCGAGGAGAAACGGCGUUGCUCGUGGUGUUGGGUCCCACAGGCCUGUUAGGGUUUCCCCGCCGGCUUGGAAAAUUGCUGGAGGAAAAAGGGUUUCCUCUUCUUCUUCUUCUUCUUCUUCUAUUCUAAGUGGCAAGAAGAGUGUCGCCGCAGCAGCAAGUAAAGAUGGCGCCACAAGCUUAAUGAUCCGGAACAUUCCCAACCAUUUCCAGAGGUUUCAUCUGCUGCAGUAUCUGGACACUCAUUGCGCCGACGAGAACAAG